AAAUAAACGUGAUUCAAAGGUGUAAAUUGGAACUUAAGGUUACACCAGCCUGAUAACAGCUGCAGUUCCUCACUAGAAGCAUCACCCAGCAGGGUAGUGUGAGCAGCAGAGAGCACCAUGGGAGGAGUCGCACUGGACGAUGGCAGCUGUAAGGUGAAAGCACCCGACGGUGGCUGGGGGUGGGUCGUGCUUUUCGGCUGCUUCGUCAUCACGGGUUUCUCGUACGCCUUCCCCAAAGCCGUCAGUGUCUUCUUCAAGGAGCUCAUCCGCGAGUUUGGCGUGGGGUACAGCGACACCGCCUGGAUCUCCUCCAUUCUGUUAGCCAUGCUCUAUGGAACAGGUCCUUUGUGCAGCGUGAUGGUGAACAGAUUUGGCUGCAGACCUGUCAUGAUGGUGGGGGGACUGUUUGCCUCUCUGGGGAUGAUCUUAGCCUCGUUCGCCACCAGUAUCAUACACAUUUACCUGUGUGUCGGGGUCAUCACAGGCUUGGGCCUGGCCCUGAACUUCCAGCCCUCCCUGAUCAUGCUGAACCGCUACUUCAGCGAGAAGCGCCCGCUGGCCAACGGCCUGGCCGCCGCGGGCAGCCCAGUAGCCCUGUGCGCCCUGUCCCCCCUGGGCCAGGUCCUCCAGUACCAGUACGGCUGGCGGGGCGGCUUCCUCAUAUUAGGGGGGAUACUGCUGAACUGCUGCGCGUGUGGCGCUCUUAUGCGGCCUCUCACGGCCCCCAAAAAGCCGGAGGGCGAGCUGGCGAUCGAAGAGGGCGCUUCGUCGGAGGAGACGAAGAAGCCGAAGCCCAAAGCCAAGCUGCUGGACUUCACCGUGUUCAAGGACCGCGGCUUCCUGAUCUACGCCGUGGCGGCCACCAUCAUGGUCCUGGGGCUGUUCGUGCCGCCGGUGUUCGUGGUGAGCUACGCCAAGGACCUCAAGUACGAGGACAACAAGUCGGCGCUGCUGCUGACCAUCCUGGGCAUGAUCGACAUCUUCGCGCGGCCCACGUGCGGCCUCAUCGCCGGGCACCGGUGGGUGCGCCCGCGCUGCGUCUACCUCUUCAGCUUCGCCAUGCUCUUCAACGGCACCACCGACCUGGUGGGCUCGCUGGCCAAGGACUACGGCUCGCUGGUGCUCUUCUGCAUCUUCUUCGGCAUCUCGUACGGCAUGGUGGGCGCGCUGCAGUUCGAGGUGCUCAUGACCAUCGUCGGCACGGAGAAGUUCUCCAGCGCCAUCGGCCUCGUGCUCCUGAUGGAGGCCAUGGCUGUGCUGGUGGGGCCGCCCUCUGCAGGAAAACUUCUUGACGCCACCAAAGACUACAAGAACGUGUUCCUGCUCGCCGGCUCCGAGGUGGUGCUGGCUGCGGUGGUGCUGGCCACGUGCAACUUCCUGUUCAUCAAGAGGCCGCCGCAGGAACAGGAUGCCAAGCUGGAGAACGGCAACGCCGCCACAGAGAUGGAGCAGCUCAACAAGCUCGAGCAGGAAGAGCCGCGGCCCGACAGCAUCAUGGUGGACUCAGGAGAGGUGGAGCGUUUCCUAACAGAGGAAGAGCAGAACAGUGACGUGGUUUCCAACCCUGAGACCAAACUGUGACCGACGGACUGACAGACUGACUGGCAGACAGAUAGUCAGACAGACAGAGACUCCUCAAGCUCUUGAGACUCAUUGAAGAUGAAGGAAGAGAUUUUAAAGGGUAGUUCAUAGCGACACUCCCAGGGGAGGAGGAGGAGAACCAGGAGGCUCAUUCUCGCUAGACGAGUGGAGCGUCACCUACAGUACGUUCAGCUUAGCUAUGGUGUAGUUGUCUUUCCGUUUCUCUGGCUUUUUAUGCCAUAUCAGCACACUUUAACUUAAAUGAAUUUCAUAUUUUAUUUAACAGAAACACAUUCUGCACUGUCAUGAAAUAAAUGUAUAUAUUUUUUUGAAUAUUGUAAUAAAUAUGUUGCUUUGUUAUUAGUAGAUAAUAUAGACCACAGUCAGGUCUACACAUGUGUGCUGUAUUAGAGUAUCACUCAGUGAUGCAUUCCCCACACAUUAGAAGACCAGCAAUACGACGAGAAUACCAUUAUGAAUAUCUAGUCACUUGUGAACACUGGAUUUGGAGUUCUCAUACAUCCAUACUACAUGAGCCACGAGUGUGAGGCUUUGGUCUGGUUCUGUGUGUGUUCACAUCGGAAUAUAUACAAUGGUUUCAACCAUCAGGGCUGAACCAGGGAAGGGGUGUGCGGCUGCCUUUGCGUAAACACAUGGGUUAUGUUACUGCUGCUGGGCCUUAGGUUUAAAACGAGAGACAAUGGGAAAAAUGUCUUUAGGCAUUCAGACUACAGACUGACCUUAUAAGACGCACUUAAAUCUCUAUGGCCAGUGGAAAAAAAGUUACGUUGGUUAUGUUAUGACUACUGUGGUACCAGGAAGGCAGCCAGAGCUUAGUGAGCUGAUGACACUGUUCUUUCUUGUUUUUGUGUGAGAUAGCAGUUUGUUUUUGUUUUUAUUUGAUUUGACCGUUUGCACAGUUUUUGUGUUUUUGUGGCAUGCCUCAAAUGUGUGCAUUGUUGUUGCUGAUUUUGCUACAUGAACUGUUACAUGAACUUGUUACACAUACUGUAGUAAUGACCACCAGUUACAACUGAGUUUCUGUCUACAGAAUCUUCCAUUUACUUAGGCUUCUAAGGGUCAUACUACUGUCUGUUUUUUUCAGUUUUUUUAUUUUAUGUUUGUUUGUUUGUUUGUUUGGAAGAUAGUUGAUUGUUUUAAAAUGAUUUUUACAGUGUUGUGGCCAGUCUGCCUCAGAAGUGAUACGUGUCUGUUUCUUAAUAGUCUUUUAACCUUACUUGAUUUUACUCCUUUGUGACUUGCAAAGGUGUCACAAUAUCUUGCUGAGUUAUUGUUGGUCAAGGGAUGGAAACUGGCAGCUAUUUUCUGUAAUAAGCUCAGAGUAGAGCACUAGUAUCAGGAUUUAAUUUCCUGGUUAUUUUCCUGUCUUUGCUGUAACUCCGUUCCUGCCUGUUACUGAGGAGUGACUCAGCAGGGAUUGAGCAUCCUUACCAUGACCAACACUGCCGCUGUCUUAUAAAAAUAGAUGCCUGAUGUGUCAAAUUGGAGCAGCUGCCAGGGUCUGUUAUAACCCAGCGGCUUAUCACAAAGGGAGGGCAUGCACCCUUCCUCAGAAGUGGAGGGCUUUUAGAGUGAAUAUUAGUCAACACCAAGCAUGUAAUCUAAUAGGCCAACACUGCAUAGGGGAGGAGCCUCAAAUCAUAUUAAAACGAAAAUAACUGGAAAGAAGUUGACUUAUUACCUCCCAGUGAAGGACUGGGUUCUUUCGAUGAAUAAUGGGAGUAUUUUUCCGGACGUUAAUGUUGUUGAUAUAGUUUCGACAUCAAAACAAAGCAGUUUCCUGCCACUGCAAACACAACACACACACACACACACACACACACACACACACACACACACACACACACACACACACAGUAUUUACACACACCAGCACUGUGCUCAAUUUGUUUCCUGUGUGCCUCCAAAGUUUCAAAAGUGUUUUUUUUACAGUUUUUCUGCAGUUACAAGUCUGUAUUGGACCACUUGUUCAGUAUAGAGAGAUUAUGAACACAUACGGUUAGCUCACACUCUAUUUGAUUGUCAUUCCAUGUGCACAAUACCAUGGGUCCACACAAGGUGAAGUGUCCUCACAAGGGCGUGAGUAUUUUGUAACUUGUGUGCCAAAAAGUGUGAGUGCGCUUCAAUUUGGCCAUGUUACCUGUUGAAACAAUGUAUAAUCUCAUCUAUGCUGGUGUGUGUUUGUGCACUCGUGUGAACCGAUGCUACGGUCUUCUGUGAAAAAGUGCAUUUUUAUGUAGUGUUGUUUCAAAUUGACUUUAUCUACUACCUGCACUCCUUGUGUCGCUACCUCCCCAAACCUGCACCUUCUGCUUUCGAUUUGACCCUUGCAGAGUUCAAUAAAUAUGAAACUAUGAAGAAAUGUGGAUGUUAUUGGGUGUCUUUGCAGUCCUCUUGAUAACUCAGUGUGAUGCCUUCUGUGUACUAGUAGAAAAACAUUGUCCAACUGGACCACCUACUGGUGAAAAAAAGA